CCAUAGACUCAAGGCUAGACUUUCACUCUCUGUUAUCAUGUUCCGAUCAUCCCGUGUCCUCCUCAGCGCUCUGCAACCCCACCGAGUGACCACCGGUAUCACCGGUCUCGCCGUCCACCCCGCUCCUCUCCCUCACCUCCUCCAGACUUACAAAUCCACCCUUUCCAUCGUCUCCCAACUCCCCAAAGAAUCCGUCUACCGUCAAGCCACUCAGGCUCUGUUGGAACAGCGGACAAAGCUCGUCGCAUCUGCCAACGAGGACGUAGCGAAGGUGGAGAAGGAGAUCGACGAGGGGAUGAUCGAGCAGGUCAUUGAGAUGGCCGAGGAUGAAUUGAAGUUGGCGGGCAAGAUGUUGGAGUGGCAGGCCCACGAACCGCUCCAGAUCAAGCCAUCUGCGGAUCAAUGGGAACCUAUCGGCCCUGAGCUCGGUCAGGCCUUUGGCGGUCCUCACUAGAUGAUCGAGUGGACGAGGGAAGAAUCGGGUUCAGAUGGAAAGAGCAACGAUUGAUGCAGGACUUGGAUGGGGAAGGAGAAUGAAGUAGGAGAAGGUGUAUAGUCGAGCUAUUAUGGAAUGAAUUGAAACAGACAAAAAA